CUUCUCUCCUCUUCCCUCUCCCCGCCCACUCGGCACUCGCAAGACAAACGCGGCGGCGAUGGCCGUCCAGGCGCAGCACCUGUUCGCACCAGCUUUCCUGCCCCACGACGUCGGCCACGCCUUAAGGGCGCUGGAGGGUGCCGCGGCCGUCGGCGGCUCCGCGCUCCUGGACGAGCUCGGCCUCGGCGGGUGCGCGCCAGCGCCGGCGGCCCUCGGGGACGCCGCGUUCGGCGACGCCCAGCCGCGCAGCGAGCUCACCUGCAAUGCCGCCGGUGACAACAGCGUGUUCCUCCCGAGGAAGCGGGCACGCGUUGUGCCGGGGUUCCUGGACGUCGGCCACCAGCCGGGGUUCCUGCUGGACGAGGUGCAGAACAGGUGCGGCGCGGCGUCCACCAGCGGCCGGGCGGCGGCGGCCAGUGGCGUCCUGUCGCAGCUGUACCACCAGGGCGUGGAGGUCGACGCGCUGGUGCGGGUCGAGACGGACAGGAUGCGCGCGGCGCUGCAGGAGGCUCGGCGGCGGCACGCGCGCGCGGUGGUAGCGGUCGUGCGGGGCGCGGCGGAAGCUCGGCUCCGCGCCGCGGAGGCAGAGCUGGAGCGCGCCCGCCGCCGCGGCGCGGAGCUGGAGGAGCGGCUCCGGCAGCUGGCCGCCGAGGGCCAGGCGUGGCUGGGCGUGGCAAGGAGCCACGAGGCCGUCGCCGCUGGCCUCCGCGCCACGCUCGACAAGGUGCUCCAGCAGCCCGCCGUCGCCGGCGGCGGUGGCGGUGGCGGCGAGGCGGAGGACGCGCAGUCCUGCUGCUUCGUGGCAUCCCCGUCGGGGCCGGUGUCGACUGGUUCGUCGCCGUCGUGCAAGGCCUGCGGCGGCGGCGACGCGUGCGUUCUGGUCCUGCCGUGCCGGCACCUGUGCCUGUGCCGCGCGUGCGAGGCCGGUGCCGAGGUGUGCCCCGUCUGCGGCGCCGUGAAGAACGCCUCGCUCCAGGUCCUGCUGUGACGGCGAGGAGGCACUGGCAGCGGAAGCGGGAGUCACUCCAGCUUGCCUCCCGCGUGCCCCGGUACGUGAGUCACGACACCGGGGUCAGGCAGGAAACUUUUGUUGGUUAGUAGCAGUAGAGAGUAGCCCUGUUGAGUACAAUCAUGUAGAAAUGCAUUGGCUAAACCACACGUCAUAGUUCCUGUUUGCUCAGAGACGUGUACUCAUUUUCCUUGAUCGCUAAACCACAUCAUGUUAGCAGUUA